UUUCUUGUUUCGUUGGUCCCGCUCGGACGUUAUCGUCGAAAGAACAAUUUACAAGGAACGCGCGAGGACCCUCUCCGCGAAGUAAUCGCUAGCAAGAUCGAUUACGAUAAAGUCGGUCGAAUCGACGUCUUCUUACGACGACGCGUCGGCGCAAAUUAACGUUUAAACGCAGGCGCGGGUCAGAGGAUGGAAAAGGGAGGCGAAAAAGUCGAAAAAGGAGAAAAAGGCGAAAAAGGAAAGAACGAACGACGAUGAACGAAGACGAAGGUGGGCUAAGAGAAGCUCCACUCGUCUCUGAAAACUGGUCUGGUAGAGACGCGGUCUUAGGAGCAAAGAAGAGUCGGAGGAGCGGCAUUCCCCGGUAAUUAGUCUCACCCAUAAAUUACUAGCUAUUCCGUGUCUGUGUUGGUCACAACUCGGUAAUGUUCUCCUCUUCCCUCCUCUUCUCCGGCCUUUCCAUUUCUCCCGUCUCUCUUUCUCUCCCGUCUUUACUCCUGUCCUUUAUAUUCUUCCUUCAACCAGAUAUUAUUUGAUACCUCGUCUCCGAGAUAAACGGCCGACGAUCGUUGAUUUAUCCACGAACUUGGCGGAAAUUUCGUCACGAUUCCGUGCUUACAACGGUGACGACAGGAACGUGACAGCGUAGAGUUAAGCAAUAGUCGAUAGAGAGAAGGAUCUAGGUGCCAGGAGGUCUCGCAGACGGUCUAUGGGAAUGAAACGGACUCAUCUUUGCCGUAGGUCGAACGCGAGCCUGAUCCGAGAGGAUCUCUCUGGCCGCCGAAGGGGCACAGGACCCCGCUGCUAAAUGAGCUGUAAUACGGACCCCCGCUGACCCCGCGCUCGCUCUUUCUCUUUCUCCUGCUCUACCUCGCCAGUUCCUACUCUUCCGUCGUAAUCUCUUCCUUUCCUCUUCUAUCGAAUCGUUCGUUCUUUCACUCGUACCGCUCCGUCUGCCUGCUCUCCUCCCGAUGCCGUUCAAAACUACUCGUUCCUCGGGUAGAAUUCGGUGGUCAUGAUACAACAACGCCAAACGAUUCCUCUUACCGGCACACUUACCACGAUGCUUUUACUUUCUCUACUCCUUUUACCGUUUUUCUGCCUUUCGUUUUUCUAUUGUCGCCGUUAUCGCCCGUACUUCCUCGUUGGCCCGUCGUUUUACGCGCCCGCUUCGCCGUUAAAAUCGGGGAUGACGAACGUUUCUACGGUUUCCAUAAUUACAGUUACCUAUGCGCGAGCGACACUUGGGUUUAUGUCAUGGAGAACGGCUUUCCUUCGACCGAGUACGAAACGGUUCUCAUCGCUUCUGCGAACUAACGGAGAAUGGUCGUGACAUCGAGACCGAUCGCUCGCGCAUUCGCUCGGUCAACGAAGUAGUUGACCCGUCGCUGGAGAUACGCAGAGAGCGAUCCAUCAAUUGGGUCAACCGUUCUCCGCGCUCGCUACUAGUGGAUGGAGAAAGGAAAGAGAGCAAGGGGAGGAACGAAAGUACGGCUAGUAUCUAAGAUACAGAAGUUCUAUCGAUGCCACGCGAAAGCGACAGUUUCGAAAUAUUCGCUCAAGCUACUCGGGAAAAUAUGAAGUUUUCCGUCGGUAGAACGUUCCCGUGUAACAGAGCUCUGGUGCAGGCCAGCAGUUUGCCACUAGACGUCGAUUACUCUUGACUUAACGCCUGAAAAAUCUGGACGCGAUUUAAAGACGUCGAAACAGAAUCGGCAUCGAUGAAUGUUCGAAAUGAGACGAUAAAACGGUGUCGCACGGCGACAGAUUAAGCCUUCGAUAGCUCUGUUCGAUGCGUCUUCGCUGUGUACCACCGAGACAUGACCGAUGAGAGAGGAGAGACCAGCGUGCAACAGGAGGAAAGAAGACAGCCACUGGCAGAGCUCUAAAGGAAAGAAAAGGACGUGGCGCUGAAAGUGGAAGUAUACGAUUAAGCGGAGACCGACCGAGAACGAGCUGGUGCCGGGCUGUUUCGAACGAUCCGUUGAUCGGAUUUUUUCCCAAACUUGGAAAAACGAAAAUCGCGAAGAUGCUAUUGUCAGUCCGCGAAGGAGGAGACAGGUUGAACGAUGAGAAUGGAUUUCGGGAGGAUUUGCUCGGCCGUGCGGAUCGUGCUGCUCGUUACGAGGAUCGUGCAACGAGGAGGAAGCUUUACGUAGAAAGCUGGAACGCGAGCAUAGGGACCGUUGGAAAUCAGGUGGUGAUGGAUCCGAUGCUCAUCUGCAAGAAGACUAGGAGACUGAAGGGCAAAAUGGCGGACAUCUGUCGCAAGGAACCCUCCCUGUUGAAGGAAAUUGCGAGAGGCGUCCAAGUCGGAACCAAAGAGUGCCAAUAUCAAUUUCGAAAUCGCAGGUGGAACUGCACCACCAUGAGGAGGUCGCUCAGAAAAAUUUUGUUGCGCGAUACCAGAGAGACGGGUUUUGUGAACGCCAUCACCGCGGCCGGAGUAACCUACGCGGUCACCAGAGCUUGCACCAUGGGACACCUCGUCGAAUGUUCCUGCGACAAGAUGACGGCGAAAGGUAAUCGGCUCGGUAAAUUGACCCGUACCGCUGAAAUGGAGAAGAGCCUGCCGACCGAGGGUGACUGGGAGUGGGGCGGAUGCGGCGACAACGUAAAGUUUGGAUUUAAGAAGUCGCGGGACUUUAUGGACGCCCCUUACCGAAAACGCAGCGACAUCAAAACGCUGGUGAAGCUGCACAACAACAACGCCGGUCGUCUGGCCAUCAGGGACUUUAUGAGCACGGAAUGCAAGUGUCACGGACUUUCGGGAUCAUGCACGGUUCGAACCUGUUGGCGGAAAAUGCCGGCGUUCCGCGACGUUGGCAACAGGCUGAAAGAGUCGUUUGACGGCGCGGCGAAGGUGAUACCGAGCAACGACGGCCACAGCUUCAUCACCGAGGGGCCGACCAUCAAGCCGCCGGACAGAUUCGAUCUGAUAUACAGCGAGGACUCGCCGGACUUCUGCAAGCCGAACAGAAAAACGGGCUCCCUGGGUACACAGGGACGACGAUGCAACUCCACCAGUCAAGGAGUCGACGGAUGCGAGCUGCUCUGCUGCGGUAGAGGCUACGACACCAGAGUCGUCAAGGAGAAGAUCAGUUGCGAAUGCAGGUUCCGCUGGUGCUGCGAGGUCACUUGCAACACCUGCCUGGUUAAGAAAACGGUCAACACUUGUCGCUAACGAGUCGCCUGUCCACCGUUAGAAUAAACGUUUGUAAUAUACGCGACGCGCUGUCGAACAGUUUGGACGCGAGGGUCGAGUCGCGAACAAUCAGUCGUAAAUAAGUCGCGCGCUCGAUCGUUCGCGUCCCAUCGUUCGAAGCUUUCCAAGUAUCUCCAGCUGUUCGUUUCGAGCGUUUCGCGCUUUGCUUGCUCGCGGCGCGCGAAACGAUCGUCGCUUUUCUCGCUUUCGUUCGACUUUUGUCGACACGCCGCCUUUCAACCUCUUCCAUUCCCCCUUUUUGCCCCCUUGCGCUUGCGUUCUCCGCAUUUACUGUACAUAAGACUGAAUGGACGAAAGUUUAUACUGUGCAGCGUGAAAUGCGAAUAAAAACGUGUAUCCCCGGC